CGCGUUUCAGCUGCUGAAGAGGAAGUGGAAGUGGGGAAGUAAACACGGGUUUCAAUUUGUCGGUUUGCUGUUAUUUUCGUGAUAUUUUCACUAAAUGUGAGCCGAGUCCGGUUAUGACUGAUAUGAAACUGAUUGGUGGACGAAGAGCUGGAAAUGUAGCCUCCUCGUAUUAGUUAGUGCUGCAGUGGGAAAACGGUGCAAUCAGUUGAACACAGCCAGGUGCAGGGCCUGGUGCCUCGAAACUGAAACAUUUGCUUCACCCUGGUGUGGCAGCAGAGAGACUCCUCACCUCAGCCCCCUCAGACAUGAUGAUGUCCACUACAGAGGAUGUUGGAGACCCCCGGGCGCUGGAGGUGUCCCUCCUGCCGAAAACUCGCUUCUGCCAACGCGUUGAGGACAUGGCGAAGGCCCAGCUGUCCCCCAAGGGCCCCUGGCUGUGCUGCCUGGGGUCAAAGGGCAGGAUCGUCCUGGUGGACGCGGCCCAAGGGGACGAGGCCCUCAGGGAGGCGGAUGGCGCUCACGCCGACUUUGUGUGGGAAGAGGCCCCUCUCCCCGGUGCCGAGUCCCCGUCCAGGCUCCUCGCGCUGGGCCUCGACGGUCACCUGCGGAUCUUCGAGCUGGACGCUUCCUCCAGUGAGGAUGGGUCCCUUGUCUGCUCAGCCAGCUGCUCCCCGGAUUUUUUGCUGCGGGUGGCUGAGCAGGCGGAGCAGAGCGGCCGGGUGCCGGCGCCUCAAGCUGUGACUCGGCUCCGGAUGCUCUCCUUCGCCGGGGGAACCUGCGUCGUCCUCCUCAACUCCUGCGUUCUGGUACAGCUACUGUGGCCCAAGGGGUCAGCGGAGCCAGAGGCCAGCGCUUGCUGUGUCCUGGGUGUUCCCACGGAAGUCCAGGCCACAUGUGUGGACUGCCACAUCUGCAGAGGUCUGCUCUUCCUGCUGACAGACACUGGACACAUAUAUGUGUUUGGCGUUACUGGUGGGCAACUCUUUGCCACGGUGGAUUUGCCCUUGUGCCACUCCAGACUGGGUGCUGCUGGGGCAAGUCCCUCGUUUCACCUCUUCCAGGUGUCACAGGACCUCAGCACUCUUGUGGUGGCUUCUGGUGCCAAUUCAGCCCUGGCAGUCAAUCUCAAUCAUUACUUCAGGACACACCCCGAAUACCUGGAGCACCACACUGUGCCGGCUCGACCUCCUUUACAGGCGCCGGAGCCCGCUGACCAGGACAGGCUCUCCAGCUCUCAGCACAGCUGUUCCGCGCUGGGGCUUUCCUUCCAAGUGGACCGUUCCUGGGAAGCCCGGCUGGCCUCGAUGUACGACAAGGCCCGAGCCCUGAGCCGCCCUGUCCAGCGCACCAAUCCCCCCUGGUUUACUCACUUCCCGCAUUCACAGUUUCAUUGGGCCGCAUCAGGGGCCAUGCUGUCCAGGAGCCAGGUGCAAGGGAGCGUUGCCAUGGUGCGUUUCAACGUGGAAGACGGGGUGACCCCCGUGGCACUUUCCGCCUCUGAGUUUUCAGCGGUCGUGACCUUCACGACCCCUGGGAACAGCAGGACGGUGGUGGUCUUCUGGGACCUUGAGAAACAGGAUGUGGUCUACCACCGGGCGGAGGGCUGCAGCGUGCCAGUACAGCGAGGCAGCGACGAGAAGCUCUGCCUGCUUCUUGGAGACGGCGGCCUCUCCCUCGUCCUCUUCAGCGUCUCCCAGGAAGAGCUGCUCAACAGGCUCAUGGUUUUUGGUAGCGCGGGAACAGUGGACUCUCUGUGUCACCUCAACGCCUGGGACCGCUGCUCCAUCCCAAUCCAUGCCCUGCAGGCGGGACUGAAGAACCAUCAGCUGGACACUGUGGACUUCUUCCUAAAGAGCAAGGAGAACUUCUUAUGUCCACCUGCGGGAUUCUGCCUGCAGGAGCAGCCCUCCAGUGCCACGCAGAUGCAGCUGCGAAACGUCGAGGCUCUAUGUCCUGCUCUGGACCUGCUCGCCUCCUCCAUCAAGGACACACACACAGAAGCCCAGAGCCGGCAGUUCUCAGAGCAGCUGCUCAAUGUCACUCUGACUUUCCUGAGCUCGCGGGUGCGAGAGAUCCUCUCGGGGGUGGAGGAGCCAGACGACAAUCUGCAGCAGUGUGUGUCCAUCCUGGACCGGUACAUCUGUGAGCUGCGUGUUUUCAUGAAGAGGUACCCCUGGCCAGUAGGGGGUGCUGUCCAGCUAGACUCCAGCAUACACCGAACAAGCACUGGUCCCCAACAUAAAUGGCAUUCCCUCUCUACAGAGGAAGUGAUUCGACAGGCAGUGGCAGCCAAUGAGAUCCCACAGGCCCAGGCCCACUUGAGAACUCUGCAGUGUCCCAAGUACAAGCUCCCCCUGCUGAGGACCACGGGACUUCAGCUGGCCUUUCAGUGUCUGACCCAGCGGGACCUGGAGCAGGCCACAAGCCUGCUGAGGAACAUGGGCUUCAGCGUGAAGGAGGAGUUAAAGAAGAUCUUUCUCCAUACUGACGACGGCCCCCUGCGGGACUUCGUGAUGGAGGAGUUAAGAAGGCUGAACUGCGUGUCGGAGGAGGAGGGUCGAGUGGUGAACUUCAUCAAACAGGUGGAAGGGCUGCGCUACACUCCUCUGACUCGAUGUAAACAGCCGGUGGCCUGGAAGAGCACAUUGCAGAUAGAGCAGUCGGAGGCUGAUGCCAGGCAGCUGCUGCAGGUGCUGAGGACGGAGCCUGAUCCACAAGCCACUCGGACGCUGUGGACCUCCAUCAGGGCGGACUGGGUGCAACACUGGGAUUCCCAGACCCAGAGCGCCAUUUUGCUUUCCCGUGUACAGGACCAAGCUCUAAGUUCCUGUGCUCCGGACGUCCUGUGGAUGUACCUGACCUCCCUCCACGACUGUCGGAGGAUCACCCAAUGGAUUGAGAGCCUGCCUGCCCCUGACUGUUGGCCGCCGCUCAGCGCUGACAUUGUUAACCACCACACCCUGUGCAGCAGCUUCCUGAAGGAUGAAAUCCUGGACAUGCUGGCAAGGAGGGGGAUUUUCAUCCAAGCCGAGCUGUCUGACUUCGAGCAGCUGCUGUGGAGGCUCGGCCAGGCAGGAGGGGUGAUGCAGGAUGGCCUCCCGGUGCCACAGUUCCGAUCCCUUGAGGGCCACAACUUCCACACCUGCUUCAUUCACUACUGUCUGGAAAAGGGCCUGAGAUACCUGCUGUACAGCUACACAGAGCACUACAGUUUAACCCCAGGAAACUGCCCCGCCCUGGCGGACUGUGCUCUCUACGAAAGCCACCCCUGGUUUGAGAUGCUGGUGAAGGUCCAGGAGAUCACAAGGAACCUGUCAGACCCGGAGGCGGUCUUCGGCGCCAGCCUGACCAAUGCUCAGAUCCUGACCCCGGGCAGCCAGGCCAGCGUGAGCAGCAUGCUCCUGGAGGGACACAGCCUGCUUGCGCUCUCCACCAUCAUGUUUUCCCCAGGGGGCAUUGACCAGGUGGUGAGUCCAAGGCACAGCAAGGGAGAUCCUCGGUGGAAGGUCGAUCUCCAGCUCCUGAAGAUGGCGCUCAGUCCGUAUCCCAAGCUCAAAUCCGCUCUCUUCCCCCAGAGCGCCCCCCGCAGCUCGCCUGUUUCCGAUGUGUCUCUCUACCACCUCCUGCAGGCACUGCGCCCCCUGGAUCCUUCCAAACUGUUCCGCUGGCAGUCUGCAAACACAUUGAGCAGCGGCGGAGAUGCAUCAGAACUGCCUCACUUCUCCUGCCCCCUGCUAGUCAGCCAGCAUGCCCUUGUGGAGAACCUGCACUUCCUGUACUACCUGUGCCACGGCCGGCCCUCCUUCGCCUUCGGCACCUUCCUGGUGCAGCAGAUGAUCGGCUCAGUCAACGUGGAGCUGCAGGUGGCGGAUGCCAUCGAGCGCACCCACCGCCUCGCCCUGCAGCACUUCCACUCCCCAGCUGUGGUCGCCGCCUGCGUCUGCUUCUGCGAGAUGCUGGGGGUCAGCAGCCUGCGGCUCCGGGUGGACGUGGCUGUGCUCAGCCUGGUGCUCAAAGCCUGGAGUGCGAGGGCAGGGGAGAGCAACACAGUUGCCCUCCGGGAGUCCCUGGUGGACUGGGGCCGGCGGCUGGUGGAGAAACAGGCCGCAGAAGAGCUGCUUAUCCACCUGGAGGCCGGAGUCCGAGACAGCGUGGAGAGGAAAGGAUUGGCCAGGGCGUCCUAUGAGGCGUCGAAGGAAUGGGCGCUGGUAGUGCAGUUCUGCCACCUGCACUCACUGCCCCUGAGUGCCGCCUACCUACUUGACUGCGCCACAGACGCACAAUGGCUGCACUUCCUGUUCUUCGUCCAGCUGCACAGCUACCCUCCUGAGCAGGUGCGCACCCUGGUGGCCCAGUUUGACUCGACGCUGCGGGCCCACCUCUCCCUGGCCUUCCAGAGCCUUCCGCCAUGCCCCGCUCUGGAGCACGAGGGGUUUUUCUCCUGCCCCGAGGCUGAACCCGCACACGAGCUUUUCCAGGUGCUGCUUCAGAGUCAGGAGCAGCAGAGUGCCUGGUGCCACCUGCUGGCUGAAGGACUGCGCCUGCACUGCCCCACGCUGGCCGUGUUGGCAGCUUGUCACCAGGAAGCUGAUAUGAUCCAAUGUCUGUGUGUCUGGGUCCUCACCUCGGUGGACAACGACGUUGCCGAAGAGGCCACGGCCCACAUCCGUGAGAAUCCGAGACACCACGUGUGGAACCUCCAUGACCUAUCUGUCAUGUGGAGAACUCUGCUGAAGAAAAACAACAUCAGGCCCCUGAUUCGAGGCUUCCAGCUCUUUCAGAAGGACUGCCCUCUAAUCCACAUGAUGUACAUGUUUGAGCUCUGCUUCGAUCACAAAAACUACCAGGAGGCCAAGAAGAAAGUUCUGGAGUUCCAGAAAUGCCUGUUGAGUCAGAAGGCAAGUUCUGUCCAGGACGAGGGGCGCAUCCCCAUACAGUGGUCCGAGUGCCAGGCCUCAGUCCUGCUGCUCUCCAUGCUCCAGCAGUGCACCACCCAGUAUGAGCUGCGGCAACUGCUGCACCUGCUUGCCGACGUGGACCACCUUCUCAAGUCCAACGGCCCCGACUUUAAGAAACUGAGCCUGCUGAGCGACAUCCUGCAAGACACCCCCGUGCCCCUCGGCCACACCCUGCUGGAGAGCUAUUCCCCCGAGGCCCUGCAGGGGGAGUGCUCACGCAUAGUGGAACAGCUGCAGGCCCACGGGCUCUUUACCCAGGCCAGGCGGGUAUCUGAGCUGGGGGGUUUGCCCAUCGACACUGUGGUCAUCAAUGAGUUGUUGCAGGAGCUGCGGGGCCUUCGAGAGAAGCGCCCGUGGGCUAGGAAGGGGAGCAGGAUCGCUUUCUGGAGGAAGUGCCACGAGCAGUUCUGCAACAGCUCCGUGGACGAGGAAACUGCCUCGGAGUUCUUCCGGUGCCAGGCCCAGCUGUCCACGUGUGCGCCGCCGGAGACCGAGCUCCUGUGCGUCCAGGAAAGGGCGCUGCUUUUCACCAUGGCGGGACAUUGGCUGUGUCGGCGGGAGCCGGUGCCCCUCGGCCGGCUGGAGGAGCUGGAGAGGAAGUUAUGGGAGUGCCGUGUGCGGCAACAGGAGCUGCUCUCCGCCGCGGAACAAGAGACUAUGUUUGCACUUCCUGAACUGGCGACGGGGGAUGAGUCCUUUGAGGACAUCCUCAAGGAGUUCUCCUUCUCCAAGGUGGCUGCUCUCAACCGGCCGGAGCUCCUGAGUCUGGACGGGCUGCCUGUAGCCGAGAGCCCUGAGCCCGGCGAGGGACCCGGCGCCUGGCCCCAGGGAAGGGCAGCCCUAGCCAGGCUGGUGGGCCACCUGCUGGACGAGGGCUGCAUCCACGAAGCCAGCCGUGUGUGCCGCUACUUCUCCUUCUACCACCCUGACUUGUUGCUGGUGCUGCGCUGCCGCUCCCUGGCGAGCGGGGACAGGCCCCGCCCCCAAGAUAUCCUGCCUUCUGCCGCAUCUCCAGACACUGACGACCUCCUGAAGAGGAGCUUCGCCAGCUCCUCCAGUUUGAGCAGCCUGUCCUCAUUCGUGGUGGUGUCCCAUCCUGAGGACCCUGUGGUGGUCCAGCUGCAGACGGUGGCUGAGGAAUGCCACCACGGCAAGAACUACUGCAAGCAGGUUCUCAGCCUCUACGAGCUUUCCAAGGAGCUCAAGUGCCCGUACAGCCAGAUCUCUGCCGAGGAGCCGCUCUCUGUGCUCUGUAAGGUGCUGCUAUCCCAGCAACCCGACCGCUACAAGAAGGCCCAAGCGUUCAUUGCUGUGCAGGGUCUUGCGCCCGACGCUGUGGCCGAGACGGUGUCCAGGGCUGUGGUUGAGGGUUUGAUGGCUGCCCAGGAGAGUGGAGAAGGAGGGAAGCAGAUCUUCAGCCUGGCUGAUGGGAGGGAAGCUUUCCUGCACCUGGCCAGGCUCUGCGGAGACCCCAACCUGGUGGGCAGCAAGCUGAUGGACCACAUCACCACGGUGCCCCUGGGGGAGCUGGCUUGCACUGUGGAACUGCUCAUCCUUGCCCACGACUGUUUCAGCCUCACCUGUAAUAUGGAGGGAAUUGGGCGUGUGCUCCAGGCUGCCCGUCACCUUAGUCACACCCACCUGGCCCACGGCGAGCGCUACGGCCUGCUGGUGCGGCUCCUCACCGGCAUCGGCAGGUACAAUGAGAUGACCUACGUGUUCGACCUGCUGAACCAGAACCACCGUUUCGAGAUGCUUCUGAGGAAGAAGGUGGAGUCGAACGCAACACUCAAGACGGCCUUGCUCGAUUACAUCAAGCGCUGCCUGCCUGGUGACAGCGAGAAGCACAACAUGGUGGCGCUGUGCUUCAGCAUGUGCCGCGAGAUUGGCGAGAACCAUGAGGGUGCCGCGCGUACUCAGCUCAAGCUCAUCGAGUCGCAGCCUUGGGCAGUGACACCGGAGCUGAAAAGCGCCUUGAUGAAGGUCCUGACGCUGCUCAAGGACGCUGCAGAGAGCUAUUCCAAGGACUCAUGUUUGCGCCAGGGGCUCCGCUGUGUGAAGCUGGCCAAGCUGGUGACGCUGCAGCUGCACUUGCUGAACCAGGGUCAGGAGCAGCAAGUGAUCAACUUGCGCCCCGGGCAGCUGCUGGACGCCAUCGUAGCUCUGCCCCGUUGCUACCAGGCGUUCGUGGUUGCCGAGGCGUACGACUUCAGCCCCGACUGGGCCGAGGUGCUGUAUCAGAAGGUCGUGCUAGGGGGGGACUUCUCGUAUCUGGAUGAGUUCAAACAGCCCGGCCGCCUGCAGCCCGCCCUCUUUGAGGACGUGUCUAAGAAGGUGUCCCUCUCCAAGUCGCCCGGCAGCUGCAGCCAGAACCUGCGAAAGUUGCUGCAGCACUGUGACGACGUCUACACCCAUUACAAGUUGGCCUACGAGCACAAGUUCUUUGAUGUGGCCAACGUGCUGCUGCAGGACUCGAGGACGGGCGGUUACCUGAGCGACCGGCUGGCCAGCUGACCGUGGGGGAAGGGGGUGCCUGACCGCUGACGGACGUGUGAAACUGCAGACAGUCUAGACCCAGAACAUUUCUAACACAAUGCAAGGAAGGAGGAAACGGAGGAAGCCUUUUGUUCUUGUAUGAAGAACAGAAUAUUAAUUGGUACCAUUGACACAUUAAAUUACGCUGAGCAUUA